AUGAAAUCUUGCGUGUUUUUUCUGUUUUGUUUUUGUGUUCAGUUAGUUCAUUUACAAGGAUCAGGAUCAGGAUCAAAUGGAAAUUUACGGCUGUGCUUAGUCGCGGAGCGGGGUCCAUUGAAACGAGCAGAGACGUUUUGCCCAAUUUUAGAUGAAGAAAAAUCUGGUGUCGAAUGCGUGUUGGGCGCAGAUCAAUUAGAUUGUUUACGACGUAUAAGCAAAGGCACAGUCGAUUUUGGCGUGUUUAGUCCAGAAGAUUUGGUAGCGGCCCAGUGGGCUAACAUCGAUGUACUUGUGACAAAUGAAAUAAGGAUACGAAGGAGACCAUUCGAACGUAGCAUAGUAUCUGUGAUCAACCGUCGUAUUAUCCCAGAGCACGAAUCCUCUUUAGACGGUGUGCUUAGAAACACUACACUGUGUCAUCCUGGCGUUGAUCCAUUCACUAUACGACCGUUAUCGGAUACUUUAUCUGGGUAUCUAGAGUCUUUAGUUCUGCCUAGAAAUUGCGACCCAAAUCUCACUCUUCUAGAAAACAGGCUAAAAGGUUUGGCCUCUUUCUUCUACCAAGCUUGCAAAGCUGGACCGUGGGUGCCUUUUCGAUAUGGAGACGCGAUACUAAAAAACAAAUACAAGUCACUGUGCGCGGCGUGCGCGAGCAACUGUCUCAUGGAGGACAAGUACUGGGGGCCGAUUGGCAACUUGCAGUGCCUGAGUGAUGGCGCCGGAGACGCCAUGUGGGGGGACUUGGACGAUGUGAAAGCAUAUUUUGGGGUAAACGUAAAAUCCAAUACGAAUGCACUCCAAAGUGAUUCAUUCGCAUACUUAUGUAGGGACGGAACCACUCAACCCUUGAAUACGACCGACCCCUGCGUGUGGAUACACAGACCCUGGCCUGUAGUCAUCGCUAAACGGAAAGCAGCAGCCGCAGUGAGCACUCUCGUCACGUCGUUCGCUGAAAGCGAUUUCUUCGACAGCCAUUGGCGCGGAGCACUCGCGUUCCUUCUAGAAAUGCGCCAAGUUUCCACCCCCUUACGACCCCCGAAGAACCCUCUGGACUACCUGGCUUCAGCUCAGGGUUUCAGAGAAGCCUACAGCCAGAGCGGCUGCGAUCCACCGAGACACAUAACGUUAUGCACCACAUCGCUGUUAGAGAAGAACAAAUGCGAAUGGCUGAGUGAAGCGGGCGCGGUUUACGGCGUGAAUCCGCCAUUACAGUGCGUUUUACGCAAUAAUAUGCGUCAGUGCUUCAGUGCGGCGCAAAAUGGCGACUGUGACGUCACUGUGGCAGACGCCGAGUGGUUGGUUGAAGGGACGAGGGACUACAACCUCCAACCAUUACUUUUCGAAGUAACACCUCCAACAAAAACUAAAAUGAACACCGUAAUGGCAUACGUCAGAUAUGAUGACAAGUUAAACAAGAUGGCGGAUUUGCGCGGGAAAAGAGCUUCUUUCCCGCGUUACGAUGGCAUCGCUUGGCAUUCAAUGUUAGACUAUAUAAAGAAAAACGAAAAUAUAGAUUGUUUUGAAGUAUUGACAGAUUAUUUUAGUGAAAUAUGCGCGCCGGGAAUGGAAAAUUUAAAUAUUAGUGCAAAUAUAAUUGAGAAGUUUACUAUUAAUUGUUAUAAAGAGAAUGGAAAUGUUACGAGUGGGGAAGUCGGGGCGUUAAGGGCAUUGGUGGAAGGGCGGAGUGACGUCGCUUUUAUUAGUAUGAAAACUGCCUUUUUAUAUGAAAAUAACUUAAUAACCGAAUCAUGGGCUGCUAACACAAUAAAAAUAGCGCCAAUAUGUCCAAAAGAAAAUCAAGAACAUUGUGUUAUUUCAUGGUCUCACCUCGGCCAUAUUUACGCAUCGAAAAACCUAACCAAAAUGAGACGUGACGAAAUAAUAACAGUUUUUACACGACUAGACAAGUUGUUCGGAAAGCAAAUGCAAAAUGGACAAAAAAAUAGACGUUACACAAUAAUGGACGCCAUGUUCCGAAUGUACGGCCCUUUCAAUCACCAAAUUGAUGUUUUAUUUAAUAAUAACACAGAAUCCCUUUCAACUAUUGAGGGUUUAUCCGUGUACCCCUACAGUACGAUGCCGUUCAAUUUUGAACUGACUUUUAAUGUCACAAGUGACAGCUGUCAAGUGAAGGAUGUUUUGCGCGCUUCAGCAUUCAAGAUGGCGCCCACAGCUUUGCUAUUAUCUAUGAUUAUUUACGUUUUAUGUAGA